AUGCCUCCACAGACGCCUCGAUCAAACGCCAAAGCUGGCGCUAGCAUCACCCCGUCCUUCUCGUUCGGCUUGGGCCUACUGCCCUCCUUCCGCUUUGGCAGCCCCAGAAAUAUCAACCUCUUGACGUCUUUGUCACCCCAGCGGUUCUUCAACAGAUUCAACAAGAAGGAAGGCGAGGCAGAGAAAAAACAACACGACCCAUUUCAAAAUACAAAUGCAACUUCGAUGGACUCGAAGCAGUCUUUUGGUAAGGAGGCUUUCGACGAUGAGGCUUUCGAUUUGGACAGACACUCGGACUCCCUAGCAGACUCAGCAGAUAUAUGGUCCUUGACAAACGACUCCCAAUACCAGUCUCUCACUUUGAAUCUCACGUCGAUCAAUGAGGACUCCUCUCCCAAGACGGGGGAGCCAUUCUUGUCUCCACACGAGAUGUUCCUCAAGAAACCAGCACAAAUCAAGGAUUCAGUACAUUCCAAUGAUCCUGCUCCCCUGUCGUCUCCAGUGGACAAUCAAGGCACCCCAGCAUCAACAUCUUCUAGAUCUUCAAGCCUCAAACGAAAGCAUUCUUUGGACGACUCUCCAUGUACGGCAUUGGUCGCUGAGAUUUCCCGGAGUGAGACUCUCGGGUCCACUCCAAUAGCUUGUACUUUGGAGAGGGCAUCCAAGGAUCUUUGGUUUGCCGAGCUAGAUGAUUUUUUGCUUCAAUGUCAUCAAAAAUAUAAGAGGUUUAAGGCUUCUCAAUCGCCGAAAGCAACCUUGACGAAGCUCACUUCGCAGAACCAGGUGCUCUCUAAGAUGCUAUACAAGAAAACUGGCAUUGAGCGCUCCUCCAAACAAAUUGCAUCUCGUUUAUCACGAUUAAGAAAGAUAGAAUCCACUAAACUGAAGAAUGAGUCGAGGCAAAACAGCAUUCCAUUUGGAAAUGGGACUGCCCACAUUCCCAAGGCGCUGCCCUCACUUGAUUUGCGGCUCCAAAAGGUAGGCAUGUCAUUCAAAUACAAACGUGCAGUGCAGGGUGUUCAUGAUUUCCUCUUUUUGACAGAACCACCUCUCACUUGUAUUCGGCUGAGCUCCGAUGAUCUCGAAAAAGACAUGCCCUUCGAAAAUAGGCGCUUCAAAGAUGACUUUAAACGAAAACUCCCUGACCUCGGAGAGGUACCAAUAUAUGUCGUGACAGGGAUAAUGAACUUCAAAUCUCCUCAAGGUCAUACUUCCACUCCUGUCUCGCCGUUGACUGAUCCGGGCCUGUUUAAUUUGGAUAAUGGAACGUUUCUGUCGGUUGUUGAAUUGCAAGCGGCACCGAGGCAAAGUGACGUACAAUUUUUGGCUUGGAAAUCUCAUACAACAAUUUACAAAGAUGAGGAGAAAGUGUUGUUAAAUUCUAGAGAACAAAUAAAUGGAUACAGAAACCAAAACGGUAUGUUCGAUCUACAGGUUCCUUUCAUGAACCACUUUUGGGCUGGUUACUUGACAUUCUUGAGUAAUGGCUCCAAUACAUUCGAUGAUGUGUGCAAUCUUUUUGUUACACAAGAAAUAUAUGAGGGUGACAAUGGAACCAACGAGGUGAUGCACGCAUAUAUCGUUUACAGGUUUCAGAUCUCUCUAGACGGAGCAAGUGGCGGUCAUGUCAAGGUUCAUAUGCUUCCUAAGGUCAGCAAGUCUCUUGAUGAUGAUCUGGAUGACAAUGCUACUGUUCUAGUUCAUUCAUCUCCUCUCAAGGGUUCGCCACACAAAAAUGAAACACGAGCUCAGUCUACAAACAAUAAUAUUAAAGGAAGCCCGCAGAGCGUUCCGACGUACAACGCCUCAUUGCUCCAUCAAUUUAAUCCGAACUACGAUUCAAGAAUCUCGCUUGAGAGUCAGUGCCGCCCACUUAUGACAAGCUCACAAAGCACGAGUCAGAUUCCUCGCGAAACGCAGUCUAGGACUCCUCUCACAGCCGUUGAUCCACCUACAGCACCACCAUUUCCUCAGGCAUCUGCGGGCCAGAUGUCGCAAGGUUUGAAUGGUGUAUAUGGAGCGCCAUGGUCCUCUGGCACUCAGUAUAAUCCACAAAUGCAUCCACAAAUGCAUGCUCAGGCUGUUGCAAUUCAAGCAGCCGCCCAAACGGUACCUCAAAACAUAAGGCAUGCAAAUGAGACUGGGGUAGCUGGACAUUUUACUUCAGAAAGGUACAUACCCGUGGGCCAUCCUGCAAGAAUGCCUAACAAUCCGAUAAUGAUGCCAAUGCAUGCACCAGAUAAUAGCAUCGGAAUGAAUGUUAUGAAUGGCGUGAACUACCAGGGCCCUUCUCGAGGUAGCUGUCCUGGACAGUUUGCCCAGCCACCGACACAACCAUACUCAGCGCCGGCUACACAAUUGCAUUUCUUUCCUCAAGGAAACGAAGGCAUGCCCGCCGUAGCUUCAAACAAUCACAAGCUGACAUCAAGAUCCUCUGAAUAUGGGGAGCUUAAAACCAAUAACAAUAAUAUUACAUUCGGUCCGAUAUUGGGCUACGAUCCACUGGGAGAUAUCAAGCCAGAACCCAAAAAGCCAAAGAAUGGUAUCCACAAAUUCACAUUGAAUCCUCAGAUCAUGUACAAACCGAAGAAACAAUAG